CCACCAGGGUGCUGUGUGGAGCUGCUGCUGCUGCUGCUGGCUGGAGAGCUGCCCCUGGGUGGCGGCUGCCCACGGGACUGCGUGUGCUACCCGGCACCCAUGACGGUCAGCUGCCAGGCGCACAACUUCGCCGCCAUCCCUGAGGGCAUUCCAGAGGACAGCGAGCGCAUCUUCCUGCAGAACAACCGCAUCACCCUCCUCCAGCAGGGCCACUUCAGCCCUGCUAUGGUCACCCUGUGGAUCUACUCCAACAACAUCACCUUCAUCGACCCCAAUACCUUCGAGGGCUUUGUGCACUUGGAGGAGCUGGACCUCGGCGACAACCGGCAGCUGCGGACGCUGGCACCUGAGACCUUCCAGGGCCUGGUGAAGCUCCACGCCCUCUACCUCUAUAAGUGUGGGCUCAGCGCCCUGCCCGCGGGCAUCUUCGCCGGCCUGCACAGUCUGCAGUACCUCUAUUUGCAGGACAACCACAUCGAGUACCUGCAGGAUGACAUCUUUGUGGAUCUGGUCAACCUCAGCCACCUGUUCCUCCAUGGCAACAAGCUGUGGAGUCUGGGCCAGGACACCUUCCGGGGGCUGGUGAAUCUGGACCGGCUGCUGCUGCACGAGAACCAGCUGCAGUGGGUCCACCACAAGGCUUUCCACGACCUCCGCCGGCUCACCACCCUCUUCCUCUUCAACAAUAGUCUCUCUGAGCUCCAGGGCGACUGCCUGGCACCCCUGGGGGCCCUGGAGUUCCUCCGCCUCAACGGGAACGCCUGGGACUGCGGCUGCCGAGCUCGCUCCCUGUGGGAAUGGCUUCGGAGGUUCCGCGGCUCCAGCUCCGCCGUCCCUUGCGUGUCCCCGGAGCAGCGGCAGGGCCAGGACCUGAAGCUGCUGAGUGCCGAGGACUUCCGGAACUGCACCGGGCCAGCGUCCCCGCACCAGAUCAAGUCACACACACUCACCACCACCGACAGGGCUGCCCGGAAGGAGCACCACCCGGCCCGCGGCCCCGCCAGGGACAAGAGCCACCCACACGGCCAUCUGCCCGGCUCCCGGACGGGCUAUAGGAAGCCAGGCAAAAACUGCACCAGCCACAGGAAUCGCAACCAGGUCUCCAAGGUGGGCGCGGGGAAGCAGGCCCAGGAGCUGCAGGACUAUGCCCCGGACUACCAGCACAAGUUCAGUUUUGACAUCAUGCCCACAGUGCGGCCCAAGAGGAAGGGCAAGUGUGCCCGCAGGACCCCCAUCCGUGCCCCCAGCGGGGUGCAGCAGGCCUCCUCCAGCAGUUCUCUGGGGGCUUCCAUCCUGGCCUGGAUACUGGGGCUGGCAGUCACUCUCGGCUGAGGACCCAGGGCACCAGCACCCAGCACUGCCACAAGUCCACCAAGGAACAGAUUUCUUUUCUUUUUAUACAAGUGGAGUAUCUGCUGGGUUUCAGACAGAGCCUGGUAAAGGCUUUGCUGCCGUUUUGGGCCCCACCCGAUGGAUUAUAAACCCAAAGUGUACAGCCCCAUCGAGGGGGGAUUAGCACACCUCACCCGGCUGUCCCAGCCAGCCCCACGGAGCAGCCACGGACAGCACCCGUCCAGCGAGGCGGUCCAAGUGCUCAGAGGGAACCCUUCAUUAGCUACAAUGGCAUGGCGCCCCACGGGAGCCGGGCUCUGUGGAGUCCCGGUUAUUUGGAGAGGUUGGAAGGGCCCUCCCCGUUCUUGCAGGAAGCAGGGCUCAGGAACAGAUGACGCUCACCCAAGAGGCUGGCCUGACCGUCUGUCUGGGAGCACACGAGCAGGUGGCCUUUUGGCUUUUGCCUGAAGCCGUGUAGUCAGCCUGCUGUGGAUCCAACAGUGUGCCACCUUUCGUCCUUCCCCUGGGGCCACGCCUCUCACUCCCGCUGUCUCAGGCAACCCUGGCACACUCACCCACACCCUGGGCUCCCAGAACCGAUUACCAAAGGAAAGACAUCAGAGGCUGACAUUCAGAACUUCAUCAUGUGCAAUGAGGUUCUCACAGGAGGUGCAGUUUUAUAACUAUGUCCACUUAUAUAUAGACACACACUCUACAUAUAUAUAUAUAUAUAUAUACACACAUACACACACGAAGGCACAGGUCUCCUGCUCCACUCCCCUACCAGACUGUAUGUCUUACCAUGUUUAUAAACUGUACGGAAAACUAUGUCUGCUGAACUAACGAUGGUAUUGGCGAUUUCUAGCAAGAAAAGAGUGAUAGGAGUUUUGUCUAGAAGCCCAACUUGCAGCAACUGCCCCCCGUAACCUGGGCUUGCCAGGGGCAUGGGCAGAUGGUCAGCGGGGAGGCAACCAAGGGCCAGAGAGAAGGAGAGGCAGUAAGAAUCCCUCCAGGGACCAACACUCCUAGCUAUUUAGAGCGUCACCUUGUUUUUAUGUGCAGCACAAGCGCAUCUGCUGCCCAGAACACAGUCACCCCACUAGUAACUGCUGGCGUCAGGGUGAGAAGCAAACGAGAAGCUGCUUUUUGGACAUCAGGGAGCCAGGUCUGUGGACGGGCUGGACAGGGAAGGGGGGCAAGGAGCUGUGGGUUUCCCAGGCCAUUGGGUGAAGCAGCCUUCGCAGUGUUAGUUCGAGCAGCGGGGCAGUGUCGUCAGCCUAGAGUUUUGCAGCGACGGUCUAGACAGGCCAGGAGACUCUGGACAGGAGCCCUGGUCUCUAGCACAGCUCAGCUGCUGGGUUUUUUCUUGGGGCUCUCUGAUGGGCAUCCCAGCUAGGGCCCCGUGUAGGGUGGCAGGAGGGAGAGCAUCAGGGGCCUCUUAGCAGAGGGGAACUGUGCGGGCAUUUCAAGAACCAUCUCAGGCACUUCUGUAUUUUAGAGGCCCUGUCCCUACUGGCCCUUCUGAAGAUGCCCAGGGACCAGGAGAGGUCCAGGGCCAGACUCAGGGGUCAGGAGUGGGGAUGUGCAGGCAGUGAAGCAGGCCAGGCAGGGUGCAGAGGCUCCGGUCCAGGUCGGCCAUACUGCUGGCUGGGGCCCGGGUGGGCACAAUCUCCUUUGCAUUUUGCACAAACCUGAAUUCCCCCCCCUCAGAGAGGACAUAUAUGAGGAGUAAGAAACACUGAAUCCAAUUAAGAGAGAAAAAUAAUAAUUAAAAACAAUUUCUCUUG